CAGUGGGGUGACAAGUUACAGAAAUCACAGUAUCAGUGUGGCCUUCAAGCUUUUGAAGCAUAGUUUUUUGCUGUAGAUCCCAUAAGUGAACACACUUGUCCUCUGAUCCACUAACAAUAUACUUCCCAUUUGUUACAGAGAAUGUGGAUGUUAUACAAUAAACUCUGUUAGUAUGACCUGUAUAGACUUUCAAGAACUUACCAGCUGACUAAAGAGCCAUUAAACUUUAAUGGAGCGAAAUGAUAUUAACCAAUUAGGCACUCAAGUGAUCAUCGCCCAGAACAUCCAUUAGAUGGGCAGGCCUAUUAUUCAGUUUCCGUUUUGGGCCCAGUAUCAAUAUGCUAGCCCUCAGAAGAAUACUUUAUGAUCCAGCCCUUUAAGAUAAUGGAGCGCUAACAUUUGGCCCUUGUUAUGAAUCGACGUUAGAACGAAUUUAACAUCUCUGAUUGUGGCACGAACCCUAGAAAAUGUCGAAAAUCAUGAUUGUGUUGGCUAAGGCCUAAGCUUUCCUGAUAUGACUAUGGCUAAACUUCCUAUCGUCACCAGAGUUAGAGUCGUCUUUGCUUAAGCAGCAGAAUUCAUCUGCUUCUUCUAUUUUGAAUCUCGAUCGCGGAGCUUUCUUUUUCUCUGAUACCGUAUACUUCCCAUUUGUUACAGAGAACGUGGAUGUUCUACAAUAACUCUGAUAGUAUAACCUGUAUAGACUUUCAAGAACUUACCAGCUGAAUAAAACUCUUUGGACAAAGUUGUUCGUUCUCCUGCAAAAUCACCUCUUUUCUUACGUCUCAGCUAAUUUUUAGGAAUCAUGAAGAAGUACGGCUUGCAACUUAGGGUUCAACCUUCACAACAAAAGAAACAACCUACGAAGCCUCCACUACCACCUCCUCUUGGUUUUGGUCAAGAUGAUGAUGAUGAUGAUGUCGAGAGAGAAAUUUCUCGCCAUGCUAGCAAGAACAAGUCUCUUAGAGAGAUUGAGGAGCAACAAAAGAAAGCAUUGGAAGAAGAUCCAUCAGUGUUUGAUUAUGAUGGAGUUUAUGAUGAAAUGAAGGAGAAGAGUAUUCAUCAUAAAGUGCUGGAUCGUCAAGACACAAAGCCAAAAUAUAUUCAGAAAUUGAUUCAGAAAGCAGAGGAGAGAAAAAGGGAACAUGAUAUUAUUUAUGAAAGAAAACUUACUAAAGAGAGGAGCAAGGAAGACCAUCUUUAUGAAGAUAAGGAUAAAUUUGUUACUAGUGCUUAUAGAAAGAAACUUGAAGAACAGAAGAAAUGGGAGGCAGAACAACGCUUGCGUGAUCUUCGAGACGAGAAAGAUGAUGUUACCAAGAAGAGUGAUUUGAGUGAUUUUUACUUUAACCUUGGAAAGAAUGUUGCCUUUGGUGCCGACGAUGUCAAAUCAAGGAAAGUGAACAUGCAGGCUGAAGUAGGGAAGUUGGAGCAACAAGAAGAAAAAGGAGCUGUCAAUGAACUUGAGAAAGAUCGUUCCCCAACCCAUUCCAAUUCUAAACAAGAAGAUAUUCGAGCUGCUGAGUCUUCUAGGACAAAGGAGGGGCAUCAGGCUGAAACUUCAGCUCCUCCAAUAAGCUUGGAGUCCUCGUCUUUAAAACCAGUGUCCGAUGUGCCUAUUUCAGUCCAAGAAAAGUUUUCUAAUGAACAAACAUCGGGUGAGCAACCAAAACGCGACCAUCAUAAAAGGAGCGAGGAUGCAUUGGCCGCUGCUAAAGAACGUUUUCUAGCGAGGAAGAGGGUGAAGGAACUAUAGUUAGUUACUUGUUCUUUCUUUAUGUUUCUGCUCGCAUGUUUUAAUCUUUUUUUUUAAUGACCUUGUAUGUUAUAAGCAUGUGAAUUACGUCGUUACCACAAAAAUAGCCAAGCCAGAAGGAUAAGGUCCAGGAUUA